CACCACAAUGACUGGGGGAAAUGUUAUCUCUGCUUCAAUGGAGACGAAACUGCAUAAGAUCCUCCACAUGUUCCACAAGAAAGUCUAUCCUGAAAACUCAACUUCUGCAUGGAAAUCAGAUAAGCCCCACAAGAAUGAACCGAAGAACAUCACCUAUGAGGAGGGGUACUAUGACGGAGAUUAUACGCACCCAGGGGAAGAUAUCAUAAUAUUUCCCCAUACAGCCCUUUCAAAAGAGAGCAUACGAUGCUUCAAGAGACACUCAAACCCAUCACAACUCACAAUCAGUGGAAGCAAUUCAAAUGGGAACAGCAAAAACUGGAUCAAUACAGAUGCAGACUGUAAGUACACAUAUAGCUACCUUUCCCAAAAUCUAUUUUAUGCUCCAGACUUCAUGGUGAUUAUAAUUUGAUUAUAGAAACUAAAUUCUGAGCCCACAGAAGUUGGCAUUUACACUAUCACUUUUGGACUGAUGAAGUUGUACAUCCUUCAACUUCUAUUCUUGAUAAGGACAAAGGAAAGACCUAGUUUAUGGGUUUUGUCAGAUAUAAUGAUCUCCUUCUAACUGGCCUCAUGUAUUAUGGAUUUAAUUAUUCGAGUUGUGCAACUAUUUUGGUUAUUAGUCUGAUUCAAUUCUAU